UUAAAACAUCGAUCUCGCAGUUAAGCAUCGAUCUUCUACCACUCGUCAACACACGCACGUAUACACGCAUAAAUACAAAUAAAUCUUUCGACACUGCUCACAAAGAUUUCGUGUGCUGAAGUUGCAUUUACUUGGCCAAGAAUUUUACCACGAGAGAACUACCGAGUACAUGCCAAGAUAUAAUUUUACCGAUUUCGCGGUAACCGAUCCGAAGAAAAAGAAAACGGUGAAAAAAAAUUCGUUCCGUCACUCAACGAGAUGAAAACCGCUUUAGCCGUAGUGAGUUUGACGCUGGUCAACUUCGGAGUACUCCACGGUUUGUCCAUUGUCGACGAAGUUUCAGGAACGUGUUGUCCUCCCGUGGCUCGAAGACAAAACUCCAUACCGGUGCAUUACGUGACGGGCACGCAUUACGAAGUCGGAUACAGCGUCGGUAGAACUUUUGGUACUAUCAUUAAACAGUUCAUAAGCGCGUACGAGCCGCUCCAGAGCGAACUGUUGAAAAUGUUCGCUUUACCGGAGGGACGUAAAAUUUACGAAGAAAGUUUAAAAUCCACUGAACAAUAUUUCCCUCAAUACGUGAUCGAAUUAAAAGGCAUGGCUGACGGAGCAGAUGUACCAUUCCACGAACUGUUCCUAAUGGCCUUGGACGAUACGCUACCGAAAAAUUUGAACACCUCGAGUAAGGACAAGGGACCUGUAGGAUGCACUUCAUUCAUAAUCAACAAUCUCAAUGCACAGUUGUUGGGACACACAGAAGAUGCGAUGUCUGAGACGGUAAACAACUAUUACAUCAUAUCCGCGCACGUGGUACCCGGCGAAGACGAGUCGGGCGGUUUAUUUGCGGCCAGGGAUGAGAAGUUCGAGGCACUCGCGUACGCCGGUCACUUACCGGGCUACGCAAGCGGCCACAACCACCACGGGCUGGUGUUCUCUAUCAACACGAUAUUCGUCAGCAAACCAUUGAGGGGCAAAAUCCCCAGAGAAUUCAUCACCCGAGCCCUGCUGGCCUCCAAGGCUAAUUUGACGGAGAUCGUAGACGUGCUAACCAACAAGGGCAUCGGUACGGCCGACGGUUUCAACGUGAACUUUGCUUUCCUAGACGUGCCCGUUAAGUCACGAGUAUUCUACACGGCCGAAGUCACGCCUAAGGCAGAAGACAACAGGUCUGAAGUCUAUCUCGCUGACUUCGGGAUCGGAAGAAAUUCGUUGCACACCAACAGAUUGCUCCAUUUGAAGUACCCAGAGCUGAAUGAAGCCGCGUAUGGGAGCAGCGUGUCCAGGGAAAGCAGGUACAGGCAGAUGACGAAGAAUAGGGACGCCACGAGCUUGGAGGACAUGAUAGAGAUACUCGGCAACAAAGAAGACGAUCCGUGGCCGAUUUUCAGCGACAAGGCCACCGCCAGGGUGAGCACGAUACAUUUGGGUAUUUUCGACUUCAUUGGUAAGACUUGGACCAUGUGGACCAACGAUCCGAUCAACAACGCGCCUCUAUUGCAAUUACCGUUGACAUUCAGGAACUUUGUCAAUCCAAUUGGUAACAAAGUGGCCACCAACAAAGUCGAUGCCAUCGGAACAAUUGACGAGCCUGAUAACUAAAUGGUGAAAACAAAUCGUCGCAUGGACGUAUUUAAUAUCAUUCAUUCAGCUGUUACUACUAUAUUUUCAUUUUGUAUUUGCGUUUCCCGACGUAUUUGAAUGCCCAUAUGCCGUAUACGAUUCGAUACGAAACGAUUAUUUUAACUGUUAAACUAUUUCGUAGGUUAUUUAUUCAGAUUAUUUAUAAAAUAAGAACACAAGGUUAUUGUUUCUCAAAUGUAUAUUGUAUAUG